AUGUGGAUGAGACUGACACUCCGAAAUCCAGACAAGUAUCGGCCAUUCUUCAAAGAGGAGAUGCGCAGACGACAUGCAAGGCAGGAGCUGGAGAGAACUUGGAAAAGGCGGCGAUCGCAGGAACGCGCACCAGAGGACAAGGAAGGAAACUCCUCGGAUGAAGAGGGUUAUAUCCCAACUGAGGGCGGGCAUGAUCCGAUCAAAUGCGAUGUCGGCUACUAUGCUCGCAGGGUUGGACUAGAUGUGGAGGAAUUUCAAGUUCAGACGGAAGAUGGCUUUAUAAUAGAUCUCUGGCACGUCUAUGACCCGAGAGAAUACACGAAACUCGAUGAGAAGGAAAGAACGGAUCGUGGCCCGGAUCUCUUCACUGGAGCAAGGAAGCCAGUGCCUACAAAUCCCGAACAGAAACCAAAAUUUCCAGUCCUGUUGAUGCACGGUCUGCUUCAGAGUUCAGGCGCAUACUGUGUGAAUGACGAGGAUUCCCUCGCGUUCUAUCUCUGCAAAUCUGGCUACGAUGUGUGGCUUGGAAACAAUAGGUGCGGCUUCAAGCCGAAGCACGUGUUACUCGAGUAUUCUGAUCCGAGAAUGUGGUGCUGGAAUAUCCGUCAAAUGGGAGUCUUCGAUCUGCCAGCUCUGACGUCCCGAAUCCUCUACGAAACCGGCUUUGAGAAGAUAGGGCUGAUAUGUCAUUCUCAGGGUACGACACAGGCACUUGUCGCGCUUGCAAAGGAGCAGCGACCAGAGCUUGGCGAGAAGUUGACCGUGUUCUGCGCGCUCGCGCCAGCCGCCUAUGCUGGUCCACUUAUUGGGAAGAUGUACUUCAAGUUCAUGCGAGUGAUCACUCCGGCCAUGUUUCGCAUGAUGUUUGGAAUCCAUUCUUUUAUUCCGUUCAUGAUGUCAAUGCACAAGUUACUGCCGCCUCGUCUCUACGGCUGGAUGGGGUACAAGGUCUUCUGGUUCCUCUUCAACUGGAGCGAUAGUAGAUGGGAUCGCGGUCUGCACGAUCGGAUGUUCCAAUUCGCCCCUGUCUACGUCAGUGCGGAAUCAAUGCGCUGGUGGUUAGGACGUGAAUGUUUCGCGAGAAACAAAUGCAUUCUCGCUACUAGAGAGGAGUGGCGCGCUGAAGAGCGCGAAGACAUUGAGGCAGACAGCAAGGAACAAAACGACAAGAAGGCCGAUGCCGACAUGGAAGAGACGGGAGAUGCGAGCCCGGUGCCAGAACCAGCCAUUGAAGCCCAUAGGCGCAAGCCCAAGGGUUCUACAGCAUGGUACAAUGAACAGGCCCCCCCUUUCGCGCUGUGGGUCUGUGGCAAGGACGACCUCGUUGACGGUGGCAGACUUCUGCGCCGUUUCGAGAGGGGUCGCGAGCCGCACGUCAAGGUUGUGCAUCAGAAAGUCAUCCCAGACUUUGAGCAUCUGGAUGUAAUCUGGGCUAUGGAUGCCCCAGAGCAGGUCUUCAAGGAGUUGCGUGAGGUGCUAUGGAAGACGUGCAACGUGCGCGACCAAUGCCGCGUUCCAAAGGGCUGUGAGGAUGUCACCGCAUGGUCACCAGAUAAAUCGGCCGAGGACGAAGACGAGGAAGCCGAACAGUCGAGCAGCAGCGAGAACCUGUCCAGUUAA